UAUCAUUUUCCAAAGAAACAAAUUAACAGAAGGGUGAAAGGAGAAAAUAAAUAAAAGCAAAAGAAUCAGGGAAGUUUGAUUGGAUGGAGGAGAUAGUUCGAACGGUUCAAUUGCAUAAAUUGCCGGCCUUCACUUUUGCUACUUCCCUCUCUCUCUCUCUCUCUCUCGAUACGAUCCAUCAUCUCUCUUCUCUGAUCACACACUUGUUCUCAUUCUCUCACAUUUGCAAUUUCGAUCAGGGUUUCGUAUACUACAGAUAUCCUAGGGGUUUUUCUUGCACCACUGGAGAUGGCGGAUUGAAAGUAGGAGGGAGCAUUUAUUCUUGUUGUGUUACCUCAGAGGUGUAGAGAGAGAGAUCUGAGGAAAAUGAGCGCAUCACGGUUCAUAAAGUGCGUAACAGUAGGUGACGGAGCAGUGGGCAAAACAUGUUUGCUCAUUUCCUACACCAGCAACACUUUCCCUACGGAUUAUGUACCCACUGUUUUCGAUAACUUUAGCGCUAAUGUGGUUGUUAACGGAGCCACUGUCAACCUUGGCUUGUGGGAUACCGCUGGGCAGGAGGAUUAUAACAGGUUAAGACCCUUGAGUUACCGCGGUGCUGAUGUUUUCAUCUUAGCCUUCUCUCUCAUUAGUAAGGCUAGCUAUGAGAAUGUCUCCAAGAAGUGGAUCCCAGAGCUGGAGCACUAUGCCCCUGGUGUCCCUAUUGUUCUUGUUGGUACCAAACUAGAUCUUCGGGAUGAUAAACAGUUCUUCGUUGACCACCCUGGUGCUGUACCUAUUACCAACGCUCAGGGAGAGGAACUGAAGAAGCUCAUUGGAGCUCCUGCGUACAUCGAGUGCAGUUCAAAAUCACAGGAGAACGUGAAGGGGGUGUUUGAUGCAGCGAUCAGAGUGGUACUUCAACCUCCAAACAAGAAGAAAAAGAAGGGCAAAGCACAAAAGGCCUGCUCCAUUUUGUAAUUUUUCCACGCUCAUAUCUCUCUCUUUCUAUUGUCUCUGCCACUCUAUAGUGAUGGCUUAGAAGAAGAAAACACAUUGGGGCUCAUAGAUGGUUCAGAGUUGGUUUGUUAUAAGCUUUUUUAAUCCUUAGUAAAACUCGGUUACUUCUUCUGUUUUACUGAUAAAUAGUUUCCUGCUUUAGCUGAGGGCUAAUAUUGCACUGCUUCUUCUCUU